AUGGACUCUCCCGAAUAUGCCACUGGCACUACCCAGUCAAAGUACGAUUCUGAUUAUAUUGAGGAAAAGAAUAUUGGUGGGAACCUCGCAGACCCUACUUCAAUACUAUCUGAGACGCACAAAUCAUAUCUCAUUGAGCGACAUGGCACACUGGACUUGGAUCCCAUCCCUAGUAUGGAUCCGGCAGAUCCAUACAACUGGCCAUCAUGGAAGAAAGUUGCCAACCUGAGUCUCGUUGCGUUCCACGCUUGUAUGGGUACAUUUACUGCGGCUGCAAUUAUCUGUGCUUAUGAAAAUAUCGCGGAAGAUUUGGGCGUCACAAUCCAGCAGGUCAGUUAUCUGACAUCGUUGCAAAUUGCAAUCUUGGGCGGUGCUCCAUUGUUCUGGAAGCCGCUCUCUCAUCGAUUUGGUCGACGUCCUAUCUUCCUGCUCUCGUUGAUCCUGAGCUGUGUUUGUAAUGUCGGCUGUGCGAAGAGCACAAAUUACGCCACCAUGGCGGCAUGCAGAGCUCUCGUUGCGUUCUUCAUUUCACCUGCUAUGGCUAUUGGUAGCGGUGUUGUGACCGAGACUUUCUUUAAACACGAAAGAGCGCAGUAUAUGGGUGUCUGGACUCUGAUGGUCACCUUGGGGGUACCGAUCGGUCCUUUCAUCUUUGGGUUUGUUGUUCAGCGUGUUGGAUACCGCUGGGUCUACUGGAUUUUGGCAAUCACAAACGCCAUCCAAUUCAUUCUCUACAUCUUCUUCGGACCCGAAACUCGUUACAUUGGAGCCGAUAUUCACUCCAAGUCUUCUGCAUUCAAAAACGAAUAUAUUUCCCUCCGCCGAAUUGACCCAACUCCUAUGAAGUUGAGGGAAUUCUGGCACCCGUUCACAUUGUUCACCAAUAUCCCCGUUCUGCUCUCAGCAGUCGCCUACUCUAUGGUCUUCCUCUUCGCAUCAGUUCUUAACUCGGUCGAAGUUCCUCAGCUUCUCCAAAGAAAGUUUGAGCUUGACGCACAGGAGCUCGGUUUAAUGUUCCUAGGUCUCAUCGUCGGUUCUCUGCUUGGUGAAGUGCUUGGUGGAUUCAUGUCCGACAUGUGGAUGAAUACCCGUGCCCGGAAGAUUGGACAAAAGCCUCGCCCCGAGUUCAGACUAUGGCUUAGCUACAUUGGCUUCUUGCUGAGCAUUGCCGGCAUGGUUGUCUUUUUGGUAUGCACCGAGCAAUCGGCCACUGGCAAAUGGGAUGUCAGACCAAUCAUUGGAACUGGUGUUGCUGCCUUUGGCUGCCAGGUUGUUACUACUGUCCUUACUACCUAUGCCGUCGAUACUUAUCCCCAAGAUGCGGGAAGUGUUGGUGUCUUUAUCAACUUCGUCCGCUCGACCUGGGGAUUCAUUGGACCUUUCUGGUUUACAUCUAUGUUCGAGAGUAUCGGCAUCGCCAAUAGCUCUGGCGUUGCUGUCGCGUUGAUUAUGGGUGCUAGUUUCAUUCCAAUGGCCCUGAUGCACUGGCAAGGCAAGAAGUGGUAUCCUAAGCGCGUGGAUUGA